GGUAGCAGAUAUCACAGCAGAGAUAAUUUUGUAUAUUAAGUAUUAUUUGUAUAUUUGUAUUAUUUUUGAAGCGGACCAACUAGGUGAACGCUAACCAGCAUCAACGAAAUUUAAGGAAAAAAACUUUUCGAGUUUUAUGUUAUGGCUCAAUGUUUAAUUCUAUGUACCGUUUUCAUGUUUUGAUGUCAACCGCUCAAGCUUGUCCAGGAAGCAAGCUUGGUGCCUCGUAGGGCUUUUCCCAGCUUUUCACAAUGUACCGCUAUUGGGGCUGCAGGUUCCGCCGGGUGGUUUGUUUGUUUGUGGCCUUUUUGCAGCAUAGCACAGAAAUAGUGAAGAGCGCGCGACUUCCGAAAAACAUUCCAUUGCCGGCUCGACAGUCUGACGUCGGGAGAGAGUGAUCCAGCAACCUGGCUGGUAAUCGCUCGACGGAAGACCACCAGAAUUGUUCAACAUGCUACUGGCAGUAGCACUCCUUUUAUCGACACUGAUACCGCGAAUGGACGGGCGAUUUUUGGAAAUCAGCAAACAGCCACCCGGAACCGUUGCGAUUGUGCCGAAUGAUGACGAUGGCGAAAGUGUGCUGCUAGGUCCGGUGUUUGAAGAUCUGCAAGAGCUCGACCGCGAAAAAGCAAGUGAAAUGAUUUCGGUGAAACUGUUAAACCAGUACCGCGCGAACACGUUCGAUGUCGCGGAUCAGCUGAACGGAAACGAGAUGGUUCUUGGGGAUGAUCACCGAUCCGGGUCGGCGGGUAUGGACUAUGGCGCGGUCAACCGCGGUUUGGAAGGGCAUGGCCACGAAGUGCCUAUCGUGCACCCACCUUCAAUCGAUACGGAUGCGAUCGAUAUGAAGGAAAAUGGUAUCGAGCAAGACUUUGUGCCGACUGAAGCAAUCUUGGACAAACGUCUGCUGGACGGUUGGAUGCCGUCCGAUAAGCAUGAGGUGCCAACGAGCGAGAACCAAUUCCCACCGAGUACCACCGUUCGUGAGGGUAUUGCACGUGCAAGUAAGGUCGAUUCGAUGGCCGCUGCUCGAACUACCACUACGACCACUACCAUGACGACCACUAGCACAACCACUAGAACGACUACCGUGCGCAAAAUGCUGCGCCGGAUACGUCAACAAUUAGUUUCAAGCACUACGCAACCUCCAAGUAGUGCACAGCGUACCUCCUCCAGCAGAAGACCAGCGAUACCGGUGGCAACUACGACCACAAGCCAAAGGCCACCCGCUCCCAAGAUUGACAUUACGAAGCUUAACCUGGACCAUCUAGAAAAUGACCUGCUAUCCCUUUCCACCCUGGUUCCUCCGCAGGCAUUAGCUCUCGCAUCCGCUUCCUCGUCCGCUCGGUUGCUUCCGAGAAGCAUCAAGCCGGAGGAAAUGGUUCCCGCCUGCGGUUGUCAGCACAGAAAGCGUUCCCUCUCGCAGAAUCUCUACUCGUCCGAGGAAAUGCUCGACCCGUCCGAAGAUUACGAUGACUACGAUGAUUACGACGACUACAACGAGCUGCAGAAGCUGCCCGCGUCCAGAUCGGCCGCCGACCGGCCAAUGUUGUUUCCGGCCAUGUCGCGACUGCUCGCGGCCGGUUCCGGUGAACUCCAGGAGGGUAGCAUCGAACGGGCCGAGAAGGUGCACGGUACGCUGGAACGGUUGAUGGGCAUCGUGACCAUCUUUUCACAUGUCGAUGAGUUUAUUCAGCGCAAAACGAAGCAAUCGAUCAGGCGGUUAGCGCGCUUGUAUGAGAGCGAAGAGUCGGAUUAAGAGGAACGCGGCGCGUUUCAACAACGUUCGACGAUUGUUGUUGGUGAUUUUCCGUUCAUACGACAUUGUUUACCUGAUCGGGCGAUCGGAAUGAAGCGAUGCUCGGAACGGUGGUUGUGAAUAGGAUGUUCUUGUAAAUAUAAUUCCCCCCAGCAAACGUUUCAUAGGUUGGUUUUCUUCGUCGUUUACAUUACGCUACUAUUUUGAAUUGCUUUGUCGAGUGUGCUUUUUUGCCACUGGCAUCACACCGGUGUGACUGGUGUGAACGCUUAACGCCACUCUGAAACACUAAAUUGCCUCAUUCAUCAAUGCGCGGUGUUAAAAAUUUGAAACCACCUUCGCACAAUGUACGUACGCAGCAAUGUGUACGAAGCAAAUUACAUACCUGUAUUCUCCAUUGUUUAGCUGAUGCCGCACAUUCGGUCAUCGGAGCAGCUGCGUCAGGGUGGAAGCUCAAAAAAGGCAUGACUAACACACUUUGCAUUCCACCAGCGUCAUCUUCCGACUCGUAGAUAGCGCGAAUGAUAACGACAGGUCGAUAAUCGUGGACACCUGAAGGAAGGUCUGUACUUUCGUGCUAGAGUCGGUACACAGCUGAGCAGACAGGUUUGUGCCAGUGGCCCACUAAUCAUCUAAUGUGGCCAUGAGUCCACACGUUUGGAAGCUUCUUGUACGAUCGUGUGAGUUCGAUAGCUAUGAUCAUGUACCGGAAGUGAUAGGAGUACCGUGUGCUGCUUCGCAGUUUGCUACACUUACAAAGCGAUCGAAUGACGCUCAUCAACCAGCUCGUAGACAUAAUUGGUGUGCUA